AUGCAGCAUAUUCAGAGUUCACAGGACUAUGCGCUGAUGCGUUACGCCACUGUGGUCCCGGCGUGGUUCCACCUCGCUUUUGCCAAUGCCACGCCCCCGCCAUUGGAGGCUCGAUGGGCGGGGCAGUCGAGGACCACCGCUGCCCUCCGAUGGCCUUCCGCCUUCCGCGAAAUCGCUGACUCUGCGAACAGAACCCUUGGUGUUCUAGACACUCUCAUCGGGAAUCAAUGGCGUGCUGGCGGUCCCUCCUUUUCCCGUACUUCCAUUAGAUUUCUUACUCAUCGUCAAUUCAUUUUGGAUGCUGCGAGUUACCUGAACAAACUGGUGACCAAUAUGUCACUGUCGCUGCGUCCGGUCAAUACUCAACUUUAUAAUCCUCCUGAAAAGCAACAUCUGGCCCGUCUGGUUGGUCUCAUGAUUGCUGUUGGUCUAGACUGGGUUCCUCAGCAGGUCACUGAUACAAACGAUCCCGUGUAUCAUCUUGAACCACCUUUGGAUGCCUUGGCUCAGUUCUCCUUUUCCAUGGGGUCUUCUGAUAUGACUUCCCUUCCCUACGCCACAAAGCAGAUGUUGGCACGUGAAUUGGCUAUGGAAAGAAUGCGCCGCGCCGAGGCUGCAAACUUGCCCUCUGAGUUGGCAGUGGAGAGUGAUGCCAAAGGUAACGUUUCGAUGCUGCCAGGUGCUACCGCUGUCAGGAAAAGAAAAUCCACGCCAACUUUCGAUUCUUUCAUGGCUGCUAGAUUGGCACCAAAGGCAGCCCCUUUGGACAUCACCGUUGAAAAAAAGGUUAGAAGGGACUUUUUUGGUCGCCCAAUUGUAGGCACAUCGGAGAAAUUUGAGUCAAAAGAAAAUCAAACGCCUACCGCUGACAACCCUAUUAACAAGACAAUCUUCUUCAAAUUUAACACCGGCUACUCAAAUGCUGUCCGUCGACCAUUCUCUAUAAAUAACUUUCUCACCAAAUGA